UCGCGCGCGCGUCCUCCACCCGCGGGAGCGGGGCCGUGGGGGCGGCCGUCUCGAGCAUGCGCACCGGCUUUGCACCGCGCGGGCGCGGAGUCGGGGCGCCGGGACGCGGGGCGGCGCGAAGCGGGGCCCUCUGCCGCCCCGCGCUCCCAUGUACGCCUUCUACUCGCUGCUCAUCUACAUCUUCUACAGCCUCUUCCGUAGGGAUGGCGGGGCUGCGGUGGCCAGCGACCCCGGGGACCCCGCCCAGAGUGCCGGUGGCAAGCCCGGGGGUCGCCGCCGCCCCGACCAGCCCACGGCAGAACUGUGGACCGAGCUGACAGGCCUGGUCGGCCUCACAGGCUGCUCUGAGUCUGAGGAUGGGCCGGAAGAGGGAGCCGAGGGCCGCUCUACCGAGGUCUCCCUGGAAGAGGCUCUCGUGCGUCUUGCUGAGUUCCUCUCCGUCCAGCUGGGGGCGGAAGAGAGCUGCCGGAACCCUGACCUGAGCAAGCCGAGCGAUGUCCCCCCACUGUUGACGGUGACCGGUCAGCUCUUGGCCCUCCUGGCAUGGAUUCGGAGCCCCAGGGGGAGGCAGGCCCUGCCCCAGGGUAUUCAUCCAGCCUCGGAGGUGCAGCCUCCCACACCUGCUGGAUCCCCACCUCAAGAAGAAAGCCCUUCCCUUUCACCAAGGGGUGAGGCCCAAGGGCAGAACCCUCCCCAGUUGGAGGAGGACCAGAGAGCUUGGCAGCGGCUGGAGCAGCUCAUCCUUGGACAGCUAGAGGAGCUGAAGCAGCAACUCGAACUGCAGGAAGAGGAGCUGGGCCGCUUGCGCCUGGGCGUGGGGGCGACAGACUCAGAGAAAAGGGUUCAGCAUCUAACCCUGGAGAAUGAGGCUCUGAAACAGAGCCUGAGCCUCACUCGGGACCUUCUGCUGCACUGGGGCCCUGGCCCCUCCACCAGGGCCCCCCAGGAGGAGGCAGAGGCAUUGGUGGAGCUCCAGAGUCGGCUUCAGGAAGCCCAGGACACCACAGAAGCACUUCAGGUCCAGCUGGGGGUGCAGGAGGUGCAGCUGCAGGGCCUUCGGGGGGCCCUUCGGCAGCUCCAGCAGGAGACUGAGCAGAACUGCAGACGGGAGCUGCAGCAGAUGCUUGGGCAGCUGGCAGGACUUCGGGCACGUAUGGCCAGUCUGCGACAGGGCUGUGGGGACCUCCGAGGACUGGUCAGCACAUUUACCCAGAGCUGUCAGUGUUCGCUCAGUGAGGCCCGGGGCCAGGUAUCCUGGGCCCUGGGGGCUCUGUCAGCUGGAGGGGCUGGGACUCAGCUCCCUGAAGAGCAGCAGGGGCCCCCAACUGGAUGCCCAGGGCGGCUGCUGGAGCUCAAGGGAAAUAUCCGUGUGCUGUGUCGACUGAGGCCAGGGACACCCUCCAGCCUGGUGAGCUUGGAGCCUGGCCCCAGCGGCACUGUCACCACCUGCUAUCGAGGGCGCCAGCGUCGCUUCCGCCUGGACUGGGUCUUCUCUCCAGAGGCCAGCCAGGAGGAGAAAUUUCCAUCUGCAUCCCCCCACCAAGCUCUGCAGUUCCAGUGGAAACAAGCCUUUUCUGAUUUAACAGGAAGGUCUUCAGGGAGCUGGAGCCAGCCGUGCUGUCCUGCCUCCAAGGCUACAGUGUCUGCAUUUUCACCUACGGGCCCACCAGAGGACCCUGGCAUAGCUCCUAGGGCACUGCAGUCACUGUUCCAGGAGAUGGGGACUGAAGGGCAGCACCGUGUGACUCUCAGCAUGGUGGAGAUCUACAAUGAGGCUGUCAGGGACCUGCUAGCCCCAGGGCCUCCUGAGCGCCUGGCCGUGAGGCAGGGCCCAGCAGGCCAGGGGGGCAUUCAGGUGGCUGGCCUCACCUACUGGGACGUGCCCGACCUGGAGAUGCUUCACCAGAUGCUGAGCCUGGGGAGGAGCAACCGGGCCACCGCCGCCACCACCAAGAACCCGCACAGCUCACGGUCGCAUGCCCUGGUCACACUGACACUGCGUACGGCGUCCCCACCGCGCGGUCCAGGCACCGCAGGCACACUGCACCUGGUGGACCUGGCCGGAUCGGAGCGUGCCUGGAAGGCAGGGGCGGCCGGCCCCUCGCGCGGAGACCGAGACGGCGCCCAGCGUCUGCGGGAGGCCCGGACUAUCAACCGCUCGCUGCUGGCCCUGGGAGGCGUGAUGGCCGCGCUGCGCGCCCGCCGGCCCCACGUGCCCUUCCGCGAUUCGCAGCUCACGCGCCUGCUGCAGCCGGCGCUCGGGCCUGGCGCCACCGCGGUGCUGUUGUUGCAGAUUUCCACGCGGCCCGAGGAUCUCGGCGAGACCGUGUGCUCGCUCAAGUUCGCCGAGCGAGUGGGCCGAGUGGAGCUGGGGCCAGCCCGGCGCUGCAGGGCCCCGCGCUCCGGGACGCCCUCUUCGCUCAGCACCGACACGCCACUUACCGGGACCCCCUGCACUCCUACGCCGUCCCCCGGCAGCCCUCCGGGACCCGGCCCGGGCAGCGGCUCCAGCUCCGGCCUCGGGACCCAAAAGGACGCGCCCUUGUAGUUUAGCCCCUGGAGUUGGAGUCCGCCUCUGCCGGCAGAGGCGGCAAAUCUCUUACGCCCUCACAACCUCCUCGAUCUCUGGGGGGGCCCGCUGCCCCCCCCCCAGAGUUGGCUCCCCUGCCCCCGCGAGGAGUAUCAAGCCUAGGGGCGUGAUUGGCCCUCCCUCCCCCAGGCCCUCAGUUCCCUCCUUAUCACCAUUUGCUGUUAUCUCGGCCCACAGCAGGGGAUGAGAGAGCCCUGGGAGGUAGACCCCCGACGACCACCAAGUGCUUACCCUCCAGAUCACCACCCCAUCACCAAAAAUCAGACUUGGCAUUAAAAUGUUGUCUACUCCUUUACUGUUAUCUUCCCCACUACCACCACCCAAAACGAGUAGGGUCUUGAUUUCCUUUCCCCAAAAAGGUGCUACCUCAUUCCCAGGCAGAUGAGGGAGGACAGGACAGGCUGGAGCCACCAUUAGGUUCUCCCUCCCCCAGCGUGGAGCCAGGGAGAGGAAGUGACACAUGGUGAUGGAUGGAUGGAAGGAAGGAUGGACGGACAGAGAGGGUCAGAGAAAGUGGGAUCAGGAAGGGGCUACUGCAAGCAAAGUCCCCACUCUUUCCAGCCUUGCCUCUGGGGGUAGGAGAGGCAUGACGGACCCUGGGGGCCAGGGUGGUGCCUAGCCAGACCACCACCUUUGUGGGGUAGUCCAAUAAAUAUCAUGGAUUCUCAGCA